UUUGUGUUGUUUUUUGUAAUUAUUUAAAUUAUUUAAAUUUUAAGUGAUAAUGACUAGUUAAAAUACGAUGGAGGCUUCUUCAGACAUAACAGAUAUAUCAUUUGCCGACUUUGAGACAAAAACAACUGAGGAAAAUGAGUGCUACGAGGAGGACUGGAGGCAUCUUAAAUUGCAGAAAGCUGAGAACAUAUUUGCGUCCGACCAGACACCGACUCCCACGCGGCUGAUCAAGAACUGUGAUGAAGUAGGUCUGUUUGAGGAUUUGAACCCAUUUGAUUUGGGCUUCCAGCGUGCCACAGAGCAGAAUGUGAGUGGCACAGAGAGUCGCACAGAGCCAGUGGCCAACGACGGGGAUUCCCUGCACACGCCCCAAGUGUAUGCUGUGGAUCCGCCACCAGUUGCUGUGGAUCCUCCACCAGUUGCCGUAGAAGCAGCAGCAGCAAUAAACGAUGCUCCAAGUGAUAGCAGUCCCCUGGAUGUGGAGCAGUUACUAGCCACAACAUCGGUGCCAGCUCCUAUACCUUUGGAGGGACCACCACCCUUACAGUUGAUUCAACCGCAAGUAAUCACUUGGGUUCUGCCCUCGCAGUCACUGGCCAUGACAACAGAAGUUCCCAAAAUUAGUAAAUCAUCGGCAUCUGCGUCAACUAAUACCAUUCCCGCUCAAACUGUGCGUCCCUACAUAUUGCCGAAGCCCAGAUCGGCUCCAGUAGCCCAUAAACUGCCAUUGCCUCCACUAAUCGCCCCAAAUCCUCCACCACCUGAGCCCAGUAGUGCCAGCCUCACACCAACAUCACAAUUACCUAUUAAAGAGCGCCUAAAGGCUAUAAUUCAUAGUAACAACAAUAAGCGUACCUUUGUGCCGCCACCAAAAACCGUAAAAACCAAACCCCUUCGGGAUGAGGAUUGUAUGGAAAGGCGUCGGGCGGCGGCCACACGAUAUCGCAACAAGAUGCGUAAUGAGCACAAGGAAUUGCGGCUGCAGAAUGCGCAACUUCAGCAAGAGAAUCAGGAAUUGCGCGACAGGGUUGCCAGACUAGAGAGAGAACUGCAGCAGCAGGACAAGAACAACAAUCUGGCAGUGCCAUCUAAUCCCAUACAAAUUCCUGGCUCAGCUAUACACCUGGUCUUUAAUGUUCCCAAAAUGAUAGUUCCCACAUCUACAGGUAGUUCCAGCACGGAUAAAAAGUGAUUUAGUUAUAAGUAUAUAACCACAAGAGGUUCUAUUUAUAAAGUUCCAAAUGAAAAAAAGGAUUUUAAAAGUGAAAAGAUUUAACUAACAAUAUUUAAAACAUUCCGCAUACUAACUUCAGCCUUAUUUGUGACAUGACCUACCUAAUAAUGAUUUUCCGAUACGUCGGUCGCCUCCAGUGCCAUUUGCUUAUGUUCUACUCUUUCUUUUUGAAAUCCUUUUUACUUGGAACUUUUUUUAAGCAAUCGAUGUAAAUACAUAGUUAUAGAUAGUUUUAUCAUUUAUUUGUACACAAAAGUGCCUUAAUUUGUUUAAAAAACGAAAGAAUAUUGCAUUCAUGUCCUUCUA